GGACCUGCGGUUCCCUCUGCGAAGGGAUCCUUUGCGGCUCGCUGCUGGCUUGACCGCCGCCGGGUGCGCGGACAUAAAAGAUCCGAAGUACGUGGCAUGUGGCUUUAAAAAGCUUUUAAAGCAUGGAGUUAUACUUCUGUCUUUAUGAAAACACAUCGAUGCAGUCAUUCGUACGCAUCUAAAAAUACAAGCAAUUCUGCGCUGAUUGCUAAAGAGCACUUUCUGGUGGCAAAGGAAACACUCGCUAGGUCGGGAGCGGUUGAUGACACGGUUGAACUGAGUUGUCGAAACUCAUAGAAACUCCAAGCUGUAGAUCUGUAUUUUGCAUUGUGUGUCGAUUGCAUGUCAGUUGAAAAAUCGGAACAUCAUUCUGCAUGUACAUGAAAAGUUACUAAGUGUCACUGCGUGCGUGCAUAGGCGAAAGCCAGCUAGAUGCGUCUGUAGAUGAGAAUAUUUACAGCUACGCCGCCGCGCGACUCUGCCGGGUUGUUUAUUCAAGCUCCGCGCUGCUGGGAACCGGAGAAAGGCGGCUGGGCUGACAUCACUCGGGGCGGGGCCGCAAGUCCUAAGAAAAGUCUGUGGGGCGCGAGCCACGGCAGCUGUCUGGCACAGCCUCGCCAUGAACUGCUGCAGCUGCUCGGAGCCCCAGAUCCUCCGCGGCUCUGAGCAGCUAUUCCUGCAGCCCCUCUGGGACCGCCUGAGGACCUGGGAGGCCCUCAUCCAGUCGCCCUUCUUCCCGGUCAUCUUCUCCAUCACCACCUACGUGGGCUUCUGCCUGCCCUUCGUGGUGCUGGACGGCCUGUGCCCCUGGGUGCCCGAGCUGCGGCGCUACAAGAUCCACCCCAACUUCUCGCCGUCCGCGCGGCAGCUGCUGCCCUGCCUAGGACAGACGCUCUACCAGCACGUGGUGUUCGUGUUCCCCGCCACGCUGCUGCACUGGGCCCGCAGCCCGGCCCACCUGCCCCGCGAAGCUCCGGAGCUGCCCCAGCUGGUGCACCACGUCGUCUUGUGCCUGCUGCUCUUCGACACCGAGUUCUUCCUGUGGCACCUGCUGCACCACCGGGUGCCCUGGCUGUACCGCACCUUCCACAAGCUGCACCACCAGAACCCGUCCUCAUUCGCGCUGGCCACGCAGUACAUGAGCAUCUGGGAGCUGUUUUCCCUGGGCUUCUUCGACAUGGUGAACGUCACGCUGCUCGGGUGCCACCCGCUCACCGUCCUGACCUUCCACGUGCUCAACAUCUGGCUGUCGGUGGAGGACCACUCCGGCUACGACUUCCCUUGGUCCACUCACAGACUGGUGCCCUUCGGCUGGUACGGGGGCGUGGCGCACCACGACCUGCACCACACGCAGUUCAACUGCAACUUCGCCCCUUACUUCACUCACUGGGACAAAAUACUGGGAACCCUGCGCCCCGCGCCAGUGCCCGCGUCGUGAUGCCGCUGUGGUGGGUGCCUCUUUGCCUUUCACACUUGAAUCAGGAGAAACACACCUGAGCUAUAUUUUUUUAAAGCAACUAACUUAUUAACUGAAGAAAACUGUUAUAGAUAAAAUGUGAUGUAUUUUUGCAACUGACAAAGUAAUUUAUAUAAUGUUGUGUAUCAAUACAGUCAUAUUGUUGGUGUUAAAUUCUAGCUCACUUCAAUAGCCUUGAUUCCUGGUUAUAAAUGAGGCAUUUUCAUCGCUAGCAUAUUUAAAUCAUCUCUAAAAGGAUUUGUUUGUAGAAUAAGGAAUUCUUAGGCUUGAAAGUGCCCUAGAGCCUGACUAAAAGAACAUAUUUUUAUGGAAGAUCUUGACUUCUGACUCUAAAAACGAUGAAACAUGUUCCUGCUGGACAGUGACCAAGAUUAUAGCACUUUUUUUUUCUAUUUUUUUCAUAGAACUGUAUAUUUAUUUUGAAAGAAAUGUUAUUUGUGCUUUAAGAAAGAAAAAAUAAGAAUAUUAACCAAAUAAGUACUGGCUCCUGUUUCGCUGGCAUUUUGGCUGAUAGAAACUAAAGAGGGUGGAGGGAGCUGGGAUGGCAUCCAUCAGGCCUACCUCGGAAGAGUGGAAUCUGGUGGUGGGGCGUUUUGGGAGGAGUUGUAGGAGAGAAAGAGGCAGGAGGAGGGGUCUGUUUGUCUAUUUUGGUCUAGAGAUUUCACAGAGGGAAACACACUCUUGUUCUGAAUGCUUUUCAGCUGAUUUCUGCAUAACAGGCAAAUGAUAGAAUUCCUCUGUAAAGUUUUACAGAGAGAUUAACACAGGGCAAACAUUUGAUUACUGGGGGGAGGUGUUGGGGAAUGGACAGAAGUGGAGGAGUGCCUUGCUCUGAAACACUGGCAAGUCACAUAUUUCCACUAGAGCUGCUGCUGAAUACAGAAAGGGGUUCCGGGUAAGCCCCCCUCUUCGUGAAGCCAUGCUCAGCUAGCACAAAUGAUCAUCACAGCCUUACCUCUGCAAUCUGGAAUUUUUGUAUAUUCCGUUUUCUUAAUUAAGACAUACAUGCAACAUGUAUAACUCCUCCUCAAAAUAAACAACAGCAAAAAAAGUGAAAUUUGGCCUGAAUUUCUGGUUCCUCAUCCAUACAUAAAAGGAGGUGGUGUCCCAGAUGUUCUUGCAGAUUGCUUGUGACCAUAAAUGUCCGUAUUACUGACCACAUACCUGGCACCCGUCAUGCACCCCAUCUGGCUGCUGCCUAAUUGUUUUAACUUUGUUUGUGAAAUGUAGUUUAUAUCAUGCAAAGUUAAAAAUCAAAAUAAUUUAGACCGAAAACCAUAAAGAAUGGCAGCUUUGCAUACAAUCCUUGGCUCAUCAUAUAUGAACCAAACUAUCUUGUUUAAAGGUGACAAAUUCAUCUAAACACCUGGUCUCCACAGUCUGCCAAAUGAGACUCCUGGAAAAUGUCUUUAGGCCCUCCAGAUGUUUGGCAGAAUGCAGCUGGAAUGCCUGGCCACUCGGCCAACGUACUCAAGUGCCCUUUAAUGAGUGUGUUCCCUCAGUUUCUGGAUUGAAGUCACCUCAUGCUCUGUCCACAGCAGGGCUUAAAGAUGACAUUGAUUUAUAAAAGUGAAAGCCAUGAAAAGGGGAAAUGAGAGAUGAGGGGGAAAUGCCACAUUGGAGGGAGUGUAUUAUCAUCAUGCUACACAUGGUACCUGCAGAAAGAAGGCUGAACAGGCAAGGUGUGAAAUGUGUGGUACAACUAUUAGUUGUGAGCAGCUGCAGGCACUGUAAUCUUAGGUAUUGACAGGUUAUCACAGCUCACCUGCAUAAAACUGUAAAAAUGUGUCACGUUGACUCACCAUAGAAGGGAAUUUUAGAUUUGGGGCAAGUUGCAUACAUGGAAAGUAUUAGGAUUUAGAAAUACUUACCCCAAAUUGAUGUCUUUUAAGUUUUUAAUGGCUUGGGAGUUGAACUAGGGGAGUGGAAAGGAUGAGCAAUUUUGCAGAGAGUUUGAGAGCUUGUUAAUAAUAAUAAUAAUAAACAGUUCAUAUCUGCAUGCACCAUCACACAUUGUUUCACUUGCUGCUUACAACAACAGCCUAAGGGAUAUAGGAUAAUUAUCACCAUCAUCAUCAUCAUCAUUAAUCCUAUGUUAUGGAAGGAGGAUUGGUACCCACACAGAUUACAAAAUACUAAGAAUUGGAGCCAGUUGUCUCAAACUUAGGUCUUGUAGCAUAUAUUCUACUGCUCUUCUGAUAAUGCUUAUGAUAACCUUCUUAACUGCCAAAGAGAUGCAAACCCUGUGACACCAACAGCCUCUUUUAGUUGCUAGGGGCUGAGAGCCACUGUCCCUAAAACAAAGCAUUUCUAUUGCCUACUUGGCAUGGAUAUCCCCGGAUUCAAAACCUCUCCCUGGGCAGGGGAGAAAGGCAAGGAAGGUAGCCCUAGGCCAUCUACGCAGGACCUGGGGAAGCAGGAGGCAGGCCAAGGACUGCAUUUUCUAUAUCUCUCAUUGCACCUGUGCUAAGAGCACUACUGCUGCAGCCAGAUUACCUGAGUGGGAACCUGGGUCCUGGAUUUACUAGCUGAGUGACUUUGGACAAGUUACUUAUCCUCUAUGUGCUUCAGCUUCCUCAUCUGUGAAGAGGGGAUAAUCACAGAACCUCCCUCACAGAGCUGUUGCAAGGGAUUUUUGAGUUACUAGAUGCAAAGUGCUGGAUGGGUUGGAGGUCCUGGCCAUAUCAUGCUUGAUGUGACAGAUGCUUCCUGAUGUGAGUGCUGGACUGCAGUUCGGGGCUGUAACUUUUUGUCCACAAACAUGCUUGAGCUCUCUUGUCUUAUAGGGAACCAAAUAAAGUGAGUGUUUGAUCUCGGUUCAGUCAUAAGCUGCUUCGCCCAUUAUCCUUUCAAGGCAAAAGUUUUGGAAAGAGACAGAAGUCUGUGUUUAUUUGAUUCUACUUCCUUACCUCUGAAUCAUCCCACUCCCACCCCUUCCUGAACCUUUUCCUCUGGGUUCCCCACUAUUUAACAUCCUAAUUAUCAAAUAGAGUGAGCUUUAUUUCCCAGUAGUUUUUCAUCUCCUUGGCUUUUUCUUUUUCUUUUUUUCUUUUUUUUUUGGGGGGGGGGGUUUGGAGGUAUUUGUUUUUACUAAGCAGCCUCAUCUUAGAAUGUGGUUCUCACUUGGCUGUAGUGAGAUUUCUCUAAACUCCUUUCCUUCCUAAUUUCUCUAGCUGAUUCUUCUCCCUUCAGUGGCUCCUCUUUUGCCACCACAGGGAGGUAAGCCUCAAGGAGCUUCUCUUUUUAUUAAAAAAUAUCUAUAUUGUGUGUAAUGAAUAUCCUUCCUACCAUCUCCUAAUGUACUGUGUAAAUUUCCUACUGCAUUGCAUUCUACUAUGCACACACACAAUGUGUGCUC